GACGUCCACAGUAAACAAUCCACGACCACGUAGCAGCAGACACUUGGCACAGCUGGUGGAGGACAAGAUGUGACUUCUGUCUCAACAUACAACAAACAUGCACCAAUGUUUGUACACCACGCGAUGAUUAGGUGUUAGAGCAUCUUGUUUACAUCAUGUUUGACCUGCAUUGUGAUUAUUUUUAUCGCAAAUUAUCAGGCCUGGUUCUUGAUGAUUCUCGUUUGUUAGCGUAACCAUGGUUUAAUUAACUCAAUACUAAGGUAUGGCAAUUUUGUGCUACCUUGAUUAACGAUGGAGGCUGGUGACAUCAAGGCAGACAAAGACUCUGGAACGCAUCACUCUACAAAUCUCAGCGGCCAGUACAGCAGCAGCACUGAUUCCCAGGUUUUUGAUGUGGUGGUCGACCCUCUGACAGACUUUGAGAAAGUAUCAGACCUGAGCAAUCAACCCAUAUCUCCCCAGCAGUCGUAUAAUUUGACAUCACCUCCCUCCCCGAACGACACGUGUAGAGGAAUACACAAGGAAUGUACGAAGACAGACUGUAAGCAGUGUAAGUUAGAAGCAUCACUCAGAGAAGAAAAAAAAGAAGUCACCUCCCUUCCUUCUAGUCCUGCCCACCCUGGUCACACCCUACUCUACAAUAUCAUUGACUCACAUCUAUGGAACAGUGACGUGAGUUUAGUUAGUGAUAGUGGCAGUGGUGUCGGCGAGGGUAGUAUUGGUAGUAGUGGUGCUGGAGGCAGUAAUAAUCACCAUCGUCUGGUAGUUGCUGAGGUUCACCGCUUUGGUUGUCGGCCACCAUGUGCAGGUUCCCCACAUGACCUAGCAUCAUGCCCUGUUGUUACUGCUGCGUCGGCACCACACAAGGUUCACCAGUUGCACAAGUAUACUUCAGGUAAAUCCAUUGAGCCGGUCAACACUUGCGAUGCUUUAAAGGCACUGAAUCAAGCCGCCUCUGCUUUAGCCCUCACAGAAACUCUAAUAGGUCCACUGAGGAUUCCUCCUGUUCCACAAGAAGUCUUAAAUGAGGUAGUCAGUAACAUGGAAAAGAAAGUUAAAGUUCCAGUCCCUGUUAACAGUGAAAGUUAUAAAGACUCUACUAGUCCAGUGAUCAGAGAGGCAGCAGACACACAGUCUUCCAGUAUCACCGUCAGUCCAUCUGACAUGAAAACUGUGAUAAACUCAUUAUCUGUGGUAACAUGUGAUGUUGGAGGCCAAAGUCAAGUGCCUGGGAAGAUGUUGGGGUCUCUGCCUUCCAUCCUACACCCAAGAGUUCAUCAGCAACCCACUAAUUCUGUCAUUAGUGUAACCAAUAGCACUGGGAGAAUGGACAAUACUCAGGUUUUCAGCAUGUCAUCUAAGGAUGUUAGACCAAAUACCUUAGGUACAUUGAGACAGGAUUCUUUGGAAAUUAUUCCAGAGAGACACAAGAUUGCCCCACCAACUAGUAAAGAAAAUGGCAGUAGAAGUAGAGUUAUUACAGUUCCAGUGGGCAUGAGUGACCAUGGGCCAGUGGAAGUGUAUAGGGAAGUGCAUCAGUAUCCAGCUGGCUCUAUUACGACUGUUGUGGAGAAACGUUCAUAUGUGGGUCAGACACAACCAGAUAAAAGGCUUAACUUAGGAACAUCAAAGCACAGAAGAAAUUCACACAAGCUCAAGAAGAAACAAGGAAGUAGUCACUAUGCUUCCAAGUCAUCUUUGGUUAGUGAAUCAUCUACAUGCACUUCAGUAGCGAGUGGCAAUACACUGGUGUCUCAAAGUAGUUCUGAACUUGUUCCCAUUACACAGAGUCAGGCCUCAUCCUCUAAAACAAGUCUAAAUGACACACGUAGUGACUCUGCAGGACCCAUAUCCAGACCAGUACUGUCAGCAGCAAUUAUGCAGAUGCGUCAAGCUUUAGAAUCCGUUUCAAAUGUUUCUGAUAAUCAUUCCGACAGAUCAAGUGGUGGCAUUGAAGUUGCAUCCAACUUCUCUGAUACCUCAUCUAAUUUAUCCACUCUUUCUGAUCUUAGUGGAUAUGAAGAUGAGUAUAUUAAAAUCAAACGCCUUGUCUCAGAUGCAGUCAUACCUCCUGAGGAUUAUAAGAAAAUUAUAAACAAAGUGAACACUAAAACUUCUUUGUUAAAACCAGUGCCUUCAGUUGAUUAUGAAAAGGUUAUUCGGGACCUUCAAGCUCAGAAGGAAGAUCUGGAGAUCCAGCUUCAUCGGCUCUCCAUUCAGGUACAGAAUGCUGUACGUGAGAAAGAGCUGUAUCAACAACAACUGGAAUUGAUGCAGACAAAAGUUACAGAAACCAAUCAGAAACAGUAUUUUGAGGUUUUGAAACAAAGAGCCAACCUGGAGGGACAGCUUGAACUUCUUAAGCAAGAACUGGAAAAUUCAGUAUAUGAGAAAAAUCAGCUGCAGUCUAAAGUUGCAGAUUCCAUUAAAGAGUGUGAAGUUAGCAGAAGUUUUGCUGCAUCAGCUAAGGAAGCAGAGUCACAGAUGAAGGCAAGAUUAACAAAAUAUGAGGAAACAAACAAAGAGCUGGAGGAGAAAGUAAAAAGGUCAAAAGAAAAAAUUGAAAGAAUCACUAGGGAUUAUGAGAAAACAGAGAGAGAAGUUAAAGACUAUGAAGGGAAGAAUGAACAAUUAGAAAUGUCUGUAUUACAAUUACGAGAUAUUGAGACCCAGCUGAUGGGAGAUAUAAAGACCCUGAGAUCACAAACAGCACAACUGCAAAAUGAGUGUCAGACCAGGUCUGAGGCACAGGCUCAGGCAGAAUCAUCUGCAAGCAAAGCUUCUUCUGAAUUACAGACCUUACAGUCCUCAAGUUUAUGGUACCAGGAGCAACUGCAAAUUGCCCAAUCUGCACGGUCAAAUUUACAGCAAGAGCUACUAGAAGCACGAGCAAGUCUGGCCAGAGAGUCUACAGAGAAGGAAACUCUUGAGACCAAAGUACAAACAUUAGUCCAAGAGGCUGAGGAUGGUCAAGCAAGAGCAGUAAGAGAAAAGGCAUCAUUAGUUGCACACUUAGAGGCUUUGCAAGCAGAUAUGGCUGAACGUGAGGCAGUACUCUCUCAAUUAGAGCGUGACCGUGGGAGCGAUACUAAGUUGAUGGAAGACAGAAGACAGAGGUUAGAACAGGAUCGUCAUCAAAUACACAAACUUCGUCUCGAUCUCUCUGACACAGAAAGACAACUAGACUUUGUUAGAGAUGAUCUUAAGCACAAGUGUAAUCUCAUAGCAAAGUAUGAGAGUGAGCUGAAGGAUUUGAGAACUACUUCAGCUGUAAAUCAUGAAGUUCUCAGAGAAAGAGACACUCGGAUUGAAAAUCUUGAACAAACGUUGAGGGAGAUGAUGAUGUCAGUGAAGGAUUAUCAGGAAGAGAGAUCAGCAAAAGAUUUACUGGUUAACACUUUAAAAGAAGAAAAAAUAAAGCUUGAAAUUUCUUUUACUGCUGCAAGUAAUGAAAAGAAGGAAGUAGAUGAUGCCAUAUUGAAGGUACGAGAAGAUAUGACAAAAUUAUCUUCAAAUUUCUACAGAAUGAAGCAUGAUUUGGCUGCCAAAGAUCGCCAGAUUGAAGUGUUUAUGAGAGAAGCAAAGGAUAAUAAUCAAAUGAAGCAAGCACUAGAAAUGAAGGUGGAGGCCUUAGAAAAGAAUUCAAGAGAAGAUGAAGAAAAGAGGGGACUUGUUCAGCAAGUAGAUAGACUCCAAUUUACUCUCAAAGAAGUCACUGAAGGAAGAGAUAAAUUGGAUGGGCAGCUGACAGACUUAAAGAAAAUCUCAAAAACAUUAGAGAUUGAAAAGAAGGGAUUGAGUGAAGCUGUGCACUUACGAGAAGAACAGAUUCAAAAUAUGCAAGGCAGUCUGGAAAGCUAUCGAGAAGCGUUACUGAAGAAAGAUGAGGAACUUUACGUCGUCCAUGAGCAGAAUUCAACAAUGGAAAAGACGUACAUGGAAUUAAGAAGAAACUGGGAGGCUCUUAAAGAAGAAAACUUGGCUCUGAGGCAUGAUGCUGAGGCUUAUGCAGAACAUGAAAACAUUCAGAAGAGGGAAAAAUCAGAUUUGAAGGAGAGCAUCCAAAAAGAACGUAAACUAAAGCAAAGUCUGGAGAAGAAAAUUGAUAGUUUUUUCAAAACACAUGAGGAAGAGAAAAGUAAUAUUUUGAAGGAAAAGGAAAAUGGUGGAAAAAAAAUCAAGGAACUCUCCAAGGAACUUCAGGCAGUCAAGGAAGAGAAGAUGAAGACCCAUGAAAAGCAAGUCCAGCUGGAGACAAGGUGCAACGAACUGAACAAGGAAUUACAGGGUACAAUUGAAGAAAAGGUUAGACUGGAGAGUAGUGUGAAAGAUAUUGUCAUGGAACUUGACAGUUGUAAAACAAACCUGCAAAAUAAGUUUGUAGUUAUUAAGACAUUAGAAGUCAAAGGUGAAGCAUUAUCCAAGGAAAAUUAUGAAAUGAAAGACAAGUUGAUAUCACUGCAGAAUGAGAGUGAGAAACAGGUAACAGAGCUACAAACUUCACUACAGGUCAGAUCUGAUGAGAUUGCAAAGUUUCAUAAAUUGCAUAGUGACACCAAGGCUACUGUAGCAAAAUUGAUACAGGAGAAAAGUAUAUUGUCUAGUCAGAUGAACACCCUACAAGCUGAGAACACUCAUUUGAAGAAGACAGGCAUUACCCAUGAAAAUUUGGUCAAAGAAAGUAAAUCUCCAGCUGAACAUAAUAUUGCCAACACAAAGAAAUUACACAAGAAUUUUGAAAGUUUGCACAGGGAAGUCACCAGUUUACAGUUCAAAUUGUCUGAUUCUGAGGUUAAAUUGAAAGAAACAAUUAAACAGAAAGAGAACUUACAAUCCAUAGUGAAAAAUACCAAAAAAGAAAAUUUUUUAAUGAAAGCAAAACUGAAGGAAUUAGAUGUAUUAAAAAAGAGAUGUAAGGAGUUUGAAUCACCAGGAAAAGAUUCUAAAGAACUUGAAUCAAUGAAAACCAAAUUCAAAGAACUGGAGACAAAACUGGUUGCUAAACGUAAUGAACUGUCUUCUCUCAACUUAACUUUGAACGAGAAGACGAGUCUCAUCCAAACACUGAAGCAAAGAGAGCAGGAACUCUGUGUUCAGGCUGAAGUUUUACAAACUAAUAAAAGGGAGAUGGAGCAGAAAUUAUUAGGCCUUGAGGAAAUCCAUCAGAGAAUGCAUGAAGAUGUUUCAAACUACCAGCAACAACUUAAGAUAGCAGAGAGUGAGAGAGAUGAAUGGAUGGCCAAAUAUGAGAGUUUAAGAGACUUUAUUCCAGAGCGAGACACAAGCACUCAACCAGCAGUACAGUUAGGUCCAACAAGUACCCAAUCUUUCUCUAGUGAUCAUGAAUCUAUAUUAGUUUCAAGUACAAAUGACAAUGCUGAAAGCUUGGUGGGGAACUCGGUAAACAGUCUCGGCUUUUUUAGGGAAAGUUCCCAGACUUCUGUUUCUGAUGGUAUUCAGUUUGACAAGACAAUGGCAGAUCUACAGGCACAAGUUAGCUUAACAUCAGAAGCUUUGCAGAGUAAAGAACAACAAAUUCAUGAUCUUCAACAUCAGUUAAGAUCACUUAAGCAAGAAGGCUCAAACAUUGACACUAAUCUUCAAGCUUCACUCUUGUGUUCUGAUGAGGUGGAACCUGAGUCAGUACAUAGAAAACAAAUCAAUAAACAUCUUGAGAGAAAGCAACAACUAGAGGUAUCUUCCUCAACAUGUUCUAAUUGUAACACACAAAAGGAGUCCCAACCUACAAGAAAGGAACUGACAGAGAUUCAAUCACUGUUAAAUAAGAUCAAGGGCUUAGAAUCAGAAAUUAAUGGAAAGGAGGUUGAAUUAGAGGAAGCACAAACAAAAGUCACACUGGCGACGACCGAGUUUAGCGAAAAACGACGACGAUACGAAUCUAAUGUCCGAUUGCUGACCAGGAAACUCAAGGAACAUAUGAAAGGACGAAAGGCAGCUGAAAAAGAAAUGCAGGCACAGGCUGAGGAUCAUCAACGAUUAAUGAAUGAAGAGCAACAGAGAUAUGCUGUGCUAAGAUGCCGGUGUAUGGAGCUGGAAGGACAAAGAGAAACCCUUGGGGGCCAGGUGGGUGGUUUGGAGAGUGAAGUGGAGGAGGUACGCACUGCACUAGGGCGCUCUCGCCAAGAAUCCUAUGACCAUCACAACAACACCCUUAGACUCCAGAAGGAAAUUGGACGAUUGCAAGAAAUAUGCAAGACUGCUGACAAUUUACGAACACAAGUAACCAGCCUGGAGGACAGCAUCAGACAGAGGGAAACACAGGUGAAGGAGAUGGAAAGAGUGUUACAAGUAGCCCAGGAGGAGCUGAAACAGUCACGGGAAAAUUGUCUCGGUCUCACCUCAACAAUGCAGCAGAUAAAGAGUAUGAAUGACCAUAUUCAACACAAGUUUGAUGCUGCAGAUACAAACCUCACAGCUGUGAGACAAGACCUGAAGGCCAAGGAAGAAGAAAUAUUGAGAGAGCAACAGACUAUGAAUCAGUUACAAACUGUGAACACUGAACUAAGGUGUUGUGUAACUGAGAAUACCACUAAAUGUGAACAACUGUCUUCCGAAAUCAAGCAACUGAGAGAAGAGAGGCGAGCAGUUACUGAAGAAAAUCAGAGCACCAGAGUUCACCUCCAGGACUCCCUAGCCAAAAUUACAGCACUGGAGAAUCAUAUUAAAGUGGUUGAGGGAGAGGUGAAGGCUGGCAAGGAGGAAGUGAGUCAUAUGAAGGACCAGUUACUGACCAAGAAUACCAGCCAUCAGGUAAAGGUGACCCAGCUAGAGCAGAGUGUAGCCCGGGCGAGACAAGAAGUAGUCGCCCUAACCUCGCAGCUAAACCAGGUGCAGCAGGAGAGAGUGAGUUACCAGUCCCAGGCCACUGAACUCCGUACGGCCCUACACUCAACCCUAAGACAGCUGAAGACACACAAAGAAGAGGAGGAAGUAAGAGCAACAGAGGAUUCAGCUAUUAAGUCAGAAUUUGGGGCUAUCCCUUCUCCAACUCCUUUGGAUCUAACUGCUUUAACACAGUUGAUGGAGAGGUCUGCACGUCCACUGCGACCUACACUUCCACUUACCAACUUAGAGUCGUGCUUGUCAUCACUCAAGGCUGAGGUCAAUAUGCUUCAGACUCAGCUGCAGAAUAAGACUGAAAAGAUGGCUGAAGGAUUGAAUGCUGAAGUUGUAGCUGUGUCUGAAACCAAGAGCUCAACUCCUAAUGCAGCAGAAAGCUGUACCAAGGAUACUGGCAGCCAAGAAAUAGAAAUUGUGUAACCUGUUGAUGUAAAUAGUUGACAUUGACUCCUGGUUCCUGAGGUUUGUGGUUUCUUUAGACUUUAGGAGUAAAGUGGGCAGUUAAGAAAGAUUUGCAACAGGUUUUAUUUUGGCAUACAGUGAUUCCCAAAAGAUGUCCCUUGUUGACUGUGUGUCAAGUUAAAAAAGGGGCGCUUGUAUAGUCAUUAUUUUAUCCAAGCCAGAGAUACUACUGAAUUCACUUCCCAGAAACCUGGCCAAAAUGCAUGACUUAAACAUGUACAGUAUUGAUAAUUUGUUCACAAUUAUUUUACAAAAACAGGUCAUGUGCUGUGAAGGUCUUUAGAUCUUUAAGAUAGCAAUGAGACAUUUCAGUUUUUAUUUCUUAGAUCUGUUUUACUGAUACAAAAUGAUCUGUUUCUUUUAAUGAUUUUCUUAAACCUUCAAGUACAGAUAAAUAAACAUAAUAUUUAUACGCUUUAGAUAUUAUAAGCUAAAUCUGUAUUGCAGUCCAUUUGCAAGUAUAGUCUCUUCUAUUACUAUGUGAAAUAUUAUCAAUAACAAUUACGGUACUGAAACUAGAUAUAAUGGAAUGUUACUGAGUCUGUAGAGUGGAUAUGAAGAGAAUUUUUGUUAUUCUUUUUAACAGAAAUGUGUGUGCAGCAAGAACUUAAAGUAGGGGAUAACCCAUUACAGUACAGUACCUAGUUAUAUAUUGCUGGGGCAUCACUGAAGUCUGUUGUAGGUCAGGUGGAACUCAUUCAUCCUAAGCCUAAAUCUUCCUAAUCUAACCAAUAGAAUUGAUUGGGUGUUAGUCCUAAUGGUUAAGUUAAAGUUAGGUUAGGUUGGGACUUCUUAUAAAUAAGCUUUGUUUGAUCUGUCAUAACUUAAAUUUGUCUUUAUGCAAUAACAUUGGCUUUUUCCCUCAUACUAAGAAUAUAAUGAUAUAUUUGCAAACAUAAAUAUGUGUUAAUAUAUUGCAUUGUGUGGAUGUAUGAGAGAUAGUAUAUGUACUGUAGUAUAGUACAUGUUAAGAAAAUGCUGAUUAAAUUUCAGAAAUCUCAAAUUUUCUAACAUGGUUGCACAUUGGACGAAUCAGCCAUACAGUUCUAAGAAGGAAGAGCUGUUGUAAGAGAAUUUAGUUUUAAAUUCUACUGGAAAAGUCCAUGUACUAGAUUGUAUGUAAAUAUACCAAAUGUUAAUUAGCUGUAUUUAACUAGUAUUAACCUUUUAAAUACAGUAUAGUUUAUUUCCUGAUUUUAUGUUUUCUUAAAUAUGAUAUCUUUAGAAAUAUUAAUGUGAUACAUGUAUAUACAGUAUAUAUUAAAUACUAUAUUAUACUAAGUACCUUGCCAAAAUGUCAUAUGCUCAACAGCAUAACUUGUGUCCUGUGAUAAAAAAUUACCUAGGUUGCUAAAUCUAUCCUUUGUUGAUGUUGUAAUGCAAAUAACUAAUUUCUAUAUUUUUGUAUCUCAAUGUGUUAUUUCUUUAAAUUGCUCUUGUAGUUUGUUUUUUGUUAUUGUUAAUGAUUUCUGAGCUUUUUCUGUGUACAGGUAUCUUUCGAUAUCCGAAUGGGUUAGGUCCCCCUCCCCCCAAAAAAUAAAAACUUUCGUUA